ACACGGCUCUUCCAAUCGCACCAGAGAGGGAGGGAGAGACAGAGAGAGAGAGGGGAAAGAGUCAGAGUGUGGCUGUCUUCAAAAAGGGGUGGGAACGUCAAACCUGGAAGCUGAAAAGUUAUUCCCAAGCCUGUAAACAAGAAUCAAAGCUGUACGAACUUGGUGGCACUAAAACCAACUAAAAGAGGAGCACCUAAAGGACCAUUUUCCUAAAUAAAGUCAUCUGUUGAGACCAAGAUCAGCCUCAGAAUGGGAGAAGAUGCAGUGCAAGCUGAGAGGAGCAGCAUGGCCAGCACACAUGAGAACCAGGAGCUGGUGGUGCCAAGCCCCAGCCCCACUCAGUCUUCACCCACACACAGCCUCUCGCAGCUGGGCACCAUCGCAGCCAAUCUCCCUAGUGGAGAACCUAGCAGCCCUGGGCCUCUAGCUGGCACUCUCCCCAGAGAUGGAGCCUCACCUACAGGUCAAGUGAAUGCCAUCACUGUCUUGACACUACUGGAUAAGCUGGUGAACAUGCUGGACACAGUGCAAGAGAACCAGCAUAAGAUGGAGAUGAGACAAGUCGAGAUGGAGGGAGCGGUGAGGGGCAUCCAAAACGACAUGACCAAGCUCUCCAAAAGCCACACUUCCACCUCCAACACAGUCAGCAAACUCCUGGAGAAGAGUCGCAAGGUCAGUGUCCACAUGAAGGAGGUCAAGGACAAGAUGGAUAAGCAAGCUGUCCAGGUGAAGAGACUGGAGGCUAAUCAUGCUCAGCUGAUCAAGAGGAACAACUUCAAAGUCCUCAUCUUCCAGGAGGAAAAUGAAAUCCCUUCAAGUGUCUUUGUGAAGGAACCUGAACCAUUACCUGAAGUGGAGGAGGAGACCCCAGCCAUUGAUGCCAACCGUUCUCAAGAGGAGGGCCUUCAGACCAUCACCCUCUCCUCGGACGAGGAGCAGGUACCAGAAGACGACGAGGAUGAAAUUUUGGCCGCUUUGGACCUCGAGAGUGAAAGCAGAGUUGAAAAGUCUCGAGCUGAAAAGAUCAAGCGCUCCAGUCUCAAGAAAGUAGACAGCCUGAAGAAAGCUUUCUCCAGGCAGAACAUCGAGAAGAAGAUGAACAAGAUCAGCACCAAGAUUGUGUCCCCAGAGAAGCGUGAGAAAAUUAAGAAGAGUCUGACACCGAACCACCAGAAGAACCCCAGUGCCAAGAGCUCCUCUUUCAAGGUCUCUCCUCUCACCUUCAACAUCAAGAAGAACCGCAGUGGUGACGCCGAACCAGAGGCUGAAGGCUCAGCUCAGUCUGAGAGCGCCGUUGCCUCUAUCGAACUGGCUCCAAUUGAGAGUCCAACUGAAGACCUGUCAUUCAGAGAGGUCCACUCCCAACUUGCACCAGCACAAGAGGAAGUAAAAGCAGCCGUGGAAGCAAUGGAGAAAGAGGAGAUGCCUAACAUCCUGAAUGGCACGGCCGAGGUUGAGCUGUCCAUCACAGAAGAUGUAAGCGAGGAGUAUGUUCUUUCUGCGACCCUGCCCCAGGACGCCUCCCAGAUAGAGGUCUCCCACAAUGCCUUACAGGGAGAGGAUGAAGAGGAAGGAGAGGAGGAAAAGGCAAGAGAAAGAGGGCAGAGUGAAGACAGCCCUCUAGCAGAAGCUGCAGGCCAAGCAGAGGGUGUUGCUGUAGGACAAGCAUCCUAAUGUCCUGACCCUCCAUUCCAGCCCUAGGACACCCUCCUAAGAUGAGAAAACACUCUCUCCCUUAUCAGUGCCAGCCAUCCCUGCCAUGAACCCAGACAUCUGCCCUAUCCUCAAAGAAUACAGACUUACAAUACAGGCUAUUCAAAGGCAAAAUUCAUGAACUAUAUGACAUUUGCUUAAAAAUCCCAUAUCGCUGUUGUCCCUAGUCUUUCAGCAGAAAUGAAUGUGAAAGCAGUCUAAUCCAACAGUCUAAUCUACAGACCUUCCGCUUGUGAGAAACCCAUUCCAGCUGGUAUUACUGCACACUCUGUCUUCCUCUGGUGGUGCCUACCUGUCAGCUGAGAAGGUUGGCAAAGGAAAACAAACCGCUAACAGCCAAGGGACUCAACGGAUGCCAAGUGCACUCCAUCUAUCCCAUGGACACUUUUUUAACAAUAGCUUGGUUUUCAUCCAAUUCAUUUCUUUUGGAACAGCCUGUGCACAGCUGAAAGUGAUAUUGAUUUCAUGCAACCUAGAUUAUGUCCAAUCUUGGUCCAGUUUGGUUUUGUUUUUGAGAUUAAACAGUACAAAUAUACUGCCAUGUACUAUGUCUGUGUUUGUCAGAAAUGUGUAACGUAUUCGAUUUACAUUUUGGUUUUAAUCAAGUCACACUAUGUAUACUGUGAACUCAUAAAUACAGAGACCAAAAGAUGUGAGAAAGCUAGUUGGGAAGUGUAUUGUCCUAAACUAAAAAAAAUACAAUUUCUGAAUUCUAGAAUUUUGCUUUAUAGUGACUAAUAACAUUUAGAUAACCUUUUUCACACAUCAUGCCAUGCUAUACAUUUUCUUUGAACCUGGAAAGCAGUUUACAUGGGGGAUCCUGGUCUUCCCUGAGCUUAACAUAUGUCUCGGACCCUAGUCAGAAAGCAUUCCUGCUUUUGAUAUACGGCUCUUUUCAGAGACCAUUUCUCAAGUGCCCGUUGGCAUGAUGCUGGCUGAGAAACAGGCACUGUGAGGCCAGUUUAGAUUACAGGCAUAUUUCUGAAAGUGAUGAAGGAGACGAUCAGCCCAGUUGGAGGCAAAUAAGCCAGAGAAGUGUGGAGAUCUGAAAAAGUACAAAAAGAAGUGUAGAGUGUUAAAGUGAAGUUUUGAAAUAUGAGAGCUGACUAACAAAGGCAAAUACCCUCAUCAUUUUAGAAUAAAUAUCAUUUUCUGAUAUUUGUGCACACUUCAGCACAGCUAUCACGCAAACCCAGAAAUAAAACUGUGCUGUUAGCGGAUCAAGUAAAAAGUGAUGGACAGCACUGGCAAAUGAGCAAUGAGAGUUCCUUUUAUCUGAAAUUUUGGUCAAUAACAUAAACAUAGUAACAUAUAAGUCAGUCGAAAUCUAUUUUAUGUUUUUGAUAUAAAUUGUUGCUUCCUGCGCAACGCAAGUAAUUAGAGCAUAUUAUUAAUUUCAGUAUUCCAGUGCUGAACAAAAACAUUAAAGUAUGUAUCUUUGCUUUGGGUGGAUGUCUCUUUCAGAUGUGAAAAGGGAUGAGGGUUUUACUUCUUUUGAGUCUUUAAAAAUAUAACAGUUUUAACUAAUUCUUGCUGAUGCUUGUAAUCCCUAAUCUUUAUUUGCAUAUCCUUUAAGAUGUUAAUUGCGUCAAUGACUUUAUAAUAUAUUAAAGAGGUAUACCUUGUCUUGGUUAUUAUGUUUUAAAAACAUUACGAUUCACGCCAAAGAAAAGGCUCAGUUAUAGCAGAGACCUAAUAAUGUUUCUGUGACACCUGUUUACCAAGUCGUUAUUGAAGCACGCUCUGUUCAAAUUAUUCUUUUAAUGCAAAUAAAUAAAAAUGUUGGACCAUG